UUACAUACAUUAUACAUUUUUAGACAAUUAAACAAUUUUGGAACAUAGCUCAAAUUAAAAGUCUAGACCCGGCUUUGGAUGAGUUUGGAAUGACGGUACGUUUUUUGUGAAAAAAUCUGAACCGAAAGAUUGAGAUUGAUAAAGAGAAACAGAAAGAAAGAUUAUUAUUAUUAUUUUUAUUUAAUUAGUACAGCUAUCAUACAUCAAAGAGAGAGAGUUUCAUGUCUUCUUUUUUUAUAUCUGUAAUUUAUAGUUGUGAUUGUGACAAAUAUUGCUAAUGUUGAUUUUAUAUUUAUAUAUAUAUAUAUGAUAUCGACAACAUUAGUUUAAUACAAAUAAUACGAUAAUUACGAUGUGUUCAUUCAAGUUCUAUGAAAUACGUUGAAUUUCAAUACAUAUUUUUGAGCUAUAAACCAAGAAUCAUAAUGUGUCGUUUAAGAAGAGAGAGAGAGAGAGUUAAAUGAUAUUGAAUAUUUUAAACUAUUAAUAAUUUAAAAGUUAACAUGGAUAUAACAAUGAGAUACUGUCCACCGAAUAUAACUUUUACUGAUAUUUGGGUAAAUCAUGGGAUGUCUAAAUGCUUUAUGGAUACUGUUUGUAUCAGUAUAAUUUCUUUAUAUCUGAUAGUAUUUGGAUCUAUCCAACUUUGGAUAUAUCACAAAUAUGGAACAGAAGCUGAUGAGAAUACAUUGCCAAAAAGCAAAUUAUAUAAUUUGCAGAAAUUUGUUUUAUAUUUUGUUCCCUUUUUAAGUAUAAUCAGAAUAAUUCUACAGGCUACAAUCUUGGAUGAUGGAAUGGUUUAUGGAUACAUGAUAUUAACAAGUAUAUUGACGAUAAUUGUUUAUCCAUAUUCAAUUUAUAUACUGAAAGUUGAAAGACAUAAAUUAUUGCCAAGUGUACCACCACAUGGACAUGGAUUAGUAUUACUAGGCUUCUGGACAUUAGCGUUUGUUGCUGAAAAUCUUGUCUUAAUCAAUAUUGGAAAACUCGAAUGGUGGUUUCAUUUGAACUCCUUGACAGAUCAGAUCGAAAUGGCUUUAUUUGUUUUACGAUAUGCUAGUAAUUUAUUGAUUUUUGCCCUUGGUUUACGAGCUCCGGGCAUUGCUAAUAAUUUUGAUUCAGAGUAUCACACGCUUCAUGAUUCGACUACACGAUCACGAUAUUAUCAAAGGAUAUCAGAUAAUGCUUCCACUUGGACAAAUCUGUGGUAUAAGACCAAAACUUUGGCACCAUUUUUAUGGCCAAAGUCUGAUUUUUUACUUCAAUUGAGAGUAAUAUUUUGCUUCAUGUUGCUGCUAUUUGGACGUUUAAUAAAUCUUUACGUGCCAAUUUAUAAUAAAAAAAUUGUGGAUAGUGUUACAAUUGUUCCUGUAGAAUUUAGGUGGGAUAUAGUAUUGAUAUAUGUAACAUUCAAAUUUUUACAAGGUGGUGGUACAGGAGGUAUGGGUUUAUUGAAUAAUUUAAGAUCUUUUCUUUGGAUUCGUAUUCAGCAAUAUACUACACGUGAAGUUGAAGUGGAAUUAUUCAGACAUUUACAUGAAUUGAGCUUGCGUUGGCAUCUUGGAAGGAAGACUGGCGAAGUAUUAAGAAUCAUGGAUCGUGGUACAGAUUCGAUCAAUAAUUUACUUAAUUAUAUUCUUUUCUCAAUUCUACCAACUAUUAUCGAUAUUAUUGUAGCCGUUGUGUUUUUUAUCAGUGCAUUUAAUAAAUGGUUUGGUCUUAUUGUUUUUACAACUAUGGCUCUUUAUAUUGCUGCCACGAUCGCGGUUACGGAAUGGCGUACAAAAUUCCAAAGACGGAUGAAUUUAGCUGACAAUGCGCAAAAAGCGCGCAGCGUCGAUAGUUUAUUGAAUUUUGAAACGGUCAAGUAUUAUGGCGCCGAAGCAUACGAAGUAGAAAGUUAUAGAAAGGCGAUUUUGGAAUUCCAAAUACAAGAAUGGAAAUCAAUGAUUACAUUGAAUAUUUUAAAUACUUUACAAAAUAUAAUUGUUUGUGGUGGUUUGUUAUCUGGCUCAUUACUAUGUUUACAUAUGGUCGUCGCUCAUCAAGGCUUAACAAUAGGCGACUAUGUCUUAUUUGCUAGUUAUAUAAUACAGCUGUAUGUACCAUUAAACUGGUUUGGCACAUAUUAUAGGGCUAUCCAAAAGAAUUUUGUUGACAUGGAAAAUAUGUUUGAACUACUUAGACAAGAGAAAGAGGUGAUAGACGCACCAGGAGCUGAAUUAUUAGACGUCAAGCAUGGACAAGUGGAAUUCUCAAAUAUAUCGUUUGGUUACACUCCCGAGAAACUCGUACUUAGAAAUAUUAGUUUUAUCGUACCUGCGGGAAAAACAAUAGCACUAGUUGGUCCGUCUGGUGCUGGAAAAAGUACCAUAAUGAGAUUAUUAUUUCGCUUUUAUGAUGUAGAACAGGGUGCGAUUUUAAUCGAUGGACAAAACAUAAAGACUGUUAAGCAGGAGUCUCUCAGAAGUAACAUAGGUGUUGUACCACAAGAUACAGUCUUGUUUAACAAUACUAUAAGAUAUAAUAUCCAAUACGGUCGUAUUGAUGCACCAGAAGCAGAUAUAAUUGCUGCUGCACAACAUGCGGAUAUUCAUGAAAGAAUUCUUACAUUUCCGCAAGGUUACGAAACACAGGUGGGUGAAAGAGGCCUUAGAUUAAGCGGCGGUGAAAAACAACGCGUUGCUAUUGCACGCACAAUAUUAAAAGCGCCAAAGAUAGUACUUCUCGACGAGGCUACAAGUGCUUUGGAUACACAAACAGAGCGUAAUAUACAAGCAGCAUUAAAUAGAAUAUGCGCUGGACGAACUACCAUUAUUGUAGCGCAUAGAUUAUCUACUAUAAUUCACGCAGAUGAAAUCCUCGUUUUGAAAGAUGGUGAAAUAAUUGAAAGAGGCAAACAUGAAGAAUUAAUUUCACAUGGUAAUGUUUAUCACGCGAUGUGGCAAGCGCAGCUUCAAAAUGAUCGAGAGAAUGGCAAAAACGAAACAAAAUCUAUUAACGAAAUGUCCUAAUUAAUAAUAAAAGUUAGUAGAAUUGUAUAGAUAGUAUAGAUUGUAUAAAUUGUUAUUAA